UUAAAAAUGAGUGACACAGGAAAGCACAAAAAAAUAAAGAAUAGUAUGAGUAAAGAUACAGACAAAGCUUUGGAAGAGGAGAAAAUCCAGGAAUUUCAACAAAUGAUAUAUCAAAAGCUUGAAAAUGCCAAUAAUGGAGAGACUACACCUAAUACCAAGAAAGCUCAAGAAAAUAAAAGAAAUGAGUAUCGUGAAAAUGUUCGUGCUAGUGGAAAUCAAUUAAGACAUGAAGCUGAAGACAGACAUCAUAAGAAAGGAGAUGAUCAUAAAGGCCAUGAAAAAGAUAGUAGGAUAUAGUGGAAGCCAAGCCCCUCAAAGACGAGCUAGGUGAAAGCUUUUACGAAGAUUCUGACUCAAGUGAGGAUGAAGGACUUCCAGAUUACAAAAUUGGAGGCUAUCACCCAGUGCAUGUUGGAGAAGUCUUUAAGGAAAGAUAUGUUGUUAUUCAAAAACUUGGUUGGGGACAUUUCUCAACAGUUUGGCUUGCUAAAGACAAAAAGUAUAACACAUACGUAGCACUGAAGGUACAAAAAUCAGCUCAACAUUACAUUGAAGCGGCAUAUGAUGAAGUUCAGAUAUUGGAUCAAGUGAGUUCUUUCUGGCGUAAGAAGGAAUGGCAAGAAUCUCUCAAACAUUAUUACAAAGAUGAUCCGAAGAAGCUCAAAGAGAUUGAAAAUUCAAGCAAGUACUGUCACACAGUUCAGCUUCUGAAUGCCUUCCUCCAUCAUGGGCCAAACGGAACACACUAUGUUAUGGUUUUUGAAAUUUUAGGUGUAAAUCUUCUGGAGAUCAUUAAGAGAUAUGACUAUAAAGGAGUUCCUCUUCAUCUAGUCAGAGAGCUUACUAAACAGUGCUUAGUUGGCCUGGAUUAUAUGAGCAGAAUCUGCAAACUAAUCCAUACAGAUUUAAAGCCUGAGAAUGUUGUCAUUACAUUGACUAAAAAUGAGUUGAAAGGAAUCAAAGAGAAAGGAGUUCUAAAAACUACCAAGAUGUAUCACCAAGAUGAGGAUCAAAUUGCUAGAAUAGUUGCUGGAGCUCAUGAUAACAUCAUUCUUUCGUCCAGAGCUGAAAAGGAAGAAACCAAGGCAGUGCACAAAGAUUCAAUCUCUAUCACUGAUGCUCACUCCAAAGACUGGAAUGAAAUGACUGCCAAAGAGAAGAAGAACUAUAGGAAAAAUAAGAGAAAAAGAAUCAAGAAAUACAUUACUCAGGGAAAACUGCCUGAAAACUAUGAUGACCUAGAAAAGGAACAAAAAGAAGCACUCUAUGCUGAGGUACGAAGCCAGAUAGAACAAGAAAAUCUUAAAAGAGAAGCUAACUUGGAAGCUAAAUAAAGAGCAUGACCAUAAAGAAAAAGAAACCGAAAUCGAAAUUGAUUCGAAAGAUAUUGAAAUAUCUCAAUUGGAAACAACAGGCAUGACUAAAACUGAAAAAAAUGAACCAGCAAGUAAGGAAGCUGAGGAAGAGAAACCUGAAAUAAAGCAACCUCAAGAUGAAAAGAAUGAUUCAGUUAAGAAAAAGAGUUCAAAGAAAAAGGCAAAGGCAUUUAGGCAUUCCUCAGCCCCAAGGAACAACGGGGACGAUCUUGAUGAAGGAGACUUGAAAGAAUUAGAAAAACUUCAGCAGUUAAUGGGAGAAGGAAUGGAUGAUGCUCCUUCUCAUCUAAACAUUCCAAAGCUGAAUACUCAUCUCAUCAAAGAUGACCAGAAGACAAAAGAUAAGCUAACUAAAAGAGGACCUAAAAUAGAUGAAGAUGUAAACCUUGCCAUUGUAGAUAUGGGAAAUGGAUGCUGGACCCAUCAUCAUUUCACAUCUCAGAUUCAAACUAGACAAUACAGAUCUCCAGAGACUAUAAUUGGGGUACCUUAUGGCCCAAGUGCAGACAUUUGGAGUCUUGCCUGCAUGGUUUUUGAGCUCCUCACUGGAGACUUUCUAUUUGAACCUAGAAAGGGUUACUAUUAUGAUCAAGAUGAUGACCAUCUGGCUCAAAUGAUAGAACUCUUGGGAAGAAUGCCUAAGAACUUUGCUCUAUCCGGAAAGAAUUCUAAGAGAUUCUUUGAUUCAACAGGGCAUUUGAGAAAAAUCAGAGGACUCAAUUACUGGCCACUUCAGAGAGUCCUAACAGAGAAAUAUAGAUUUGUUCCAAAGGAAGCAGACGCGCUAGCAGAUUUUCUCCAGUGCAUGCUUGCUUGGUACCCAGAAAAGAGGGCAACUGCUCAAGAAAUGCUAGAGCAUCCAUGGCUUAAGAUGCCAAGAAACGACGAAUUUAAAAUGGAAGCACAAGAAUAUGAGAAAAUGAUGGAGGAAAUUAAGAAAAAAGAAGAAGCAGAGAAAAUUAAAAGAGAGUUAGAGGUCAUACUCAGAGAAGGAAGUAUGGAGCCUGAGAUCCUUAGCAAAAAGAUCCGAUCUGAGAACAUGUCUGAGCUUGCAGAAAGUAAUUUUGAAAAAUAAUGCAGCAGAUAUUGAGGAUUUAACAUUCUCUGAUAUUGAUGCUGAGCCAGUCCAUGAUGAUGAAGACUCAAUAACGCUAGGAUAUGAUGGAACAGAAACAGAUGAUGAUGAGCAUUAUAUUCCAAGAGACAACUCUUUUGAUUUAGAUCCAGACGCAGAUACUUUAAUCAAACCAGCUAAAGAGAAAUACAACUUAUUCGUAGGUGGAGGGUAUGGAAAAGGAAAGCCUCUAAACAAUUCAUUUACCGGUCCAUAUAACAAUAUGGAUCAUAUUCAUAUCGACAGAGGAGCAAAUAAGCAAUUUGAUUAAUAAUAUUCAAUGAUUGA